AAUUUAGAAAGAAAAAAAUUGAACUCAUAAAAAAUCCGCAUGUUCUGAUUAUAUUGUCAUCCCUAUAUAACACUAACAGUAAGGCUGGCAAGAGUAUCGACCGACCUUUGUAAUGCAUACUUUUUCAGUGUCUCUGUUUCUUGCAAACUCUACUUAACGUUCAUGCAUUUUUAUGAACUUUCACAAUCUUGAUACCCUUUUCUGAGAAUCGGUCACCAGUGUCGUAAAUGUGCUAACGUUUUGUUGUUCAACUACUUGGGGUUUUGUUUUUUCCCUAGAAGGAUUUUGAUGGAACAGAAGCACGUUUCAGCAUUGAGGGUUGGGUUGGCAAAAUUGGUUCGGGUUGGUGGUGUUCCUAUUCCUAAGUCUAAUGAGAUUUCUGAGAAACAGAUUGUUAUGGAGCUCACGAACCUUGCCAUUAAUGGCAAAGAUAGUCAAGUCACAUUUGAUCACUUUCCUUAUUACUUAAGUGAAAAUGUCAAACUUUUUUUGACAUGUGCUGGAUAUGUUCAUUUAAGACCACGCCACUUAUCCAAGCACAUGAGGAAUCUUCCGCCCGCAAGCCGAGCUAUUUUGCUUUCUGGACCUGCAGAACUUUAUCAGCAAAAUCUUGCUAGAGCUUUAGCACAUUUCUUUGAAUCGAAGUUACUGUUGCUAGAUAUUACCGACUUCUCUUUGAAGAUGCAGAACAAAUACGGAUGUCCUACAAAAGAACAGUAUUUAAAAAAGUCGAUAUCUGAGGUGACUCUGGAGAAAGCAUCUGCUUUAUUUAGGUGCCUGUCAAUUCUCCCUUCAAUGAGCCCAAUUAGAGGUACUCAAUUAGAACAAAGUAGUGCAAUUGGAAAUUCCAUUAAUCCUCCAAAGCUUCAUAAGAAUGCUUCUACUGUCUCUGAUAUGAAGUGCACAAGUCGCUUCUGUUUUGAUGAAAAGCUUUUCUUACGUUCACUCUGCAAGGUCUUGGUUUCAAUAUUGAAAACUGGUUCUGUUAUUUUAUACAUCAAGGAUGUUGAGAAGAUCUUUCUUCGAUCGCCAAGGAUGUACAGUUUGUUCCAAAAGCUAUUAAAGAAACUCUCAGGAUCAGUGUUAAUACUCGGUUCUGGGAUUUAUGAUUCAGAAGGUAACAAUCGUAUAGAAGUUGGUAAAAAACUCACUAUGUUAUUCCCUUGCAACAUUGAGAUAAAACCGCCUCAAGAUGAGACUCUUCUCAAAAUCUGGAAAGACCAACUAGAAAAGGCCAUGAAAGAGACUCGGUUGAUAGAUAACAGAAACCACAUGGAGGAAGUGCUUGCAGCCCACAACAUUGACUGUGAUGACUUGAACUCAAUCGGUGAUACUGACAUAAUGCUACUUGGUAAUUGCAUCGAAGUGAUUGUGGCAUCUGUAAUUUGUUAUCACUUGAUGCAUAACAAACAUCCAGAAUACAAAAACGGAAAGCUAAUUAUAUCAGCCAAAAGUUUGUGCCAUGUAUUGAAUUUGUUCCAGGAGAGUAAAAGCAAUGAGAAGGAUAAUACGAAGACUAAAAACACUAAAAUCCCAAAAAAGGGUGAUGCCAGAAAAGAUAAACCUAUCUCAAAAGGGACAAAGAAAGACACUGAUAUUAAAGCUCCUGCAAAAGAAAAUAAUGUUCCUCAUGAUGAUGUCUUUGAGGAGCACAUAAGACAAGAGGUUAUCUCUGCAAAUGAGAUAAGGGUGACAUUUUCAGAUAUUGGUGCAGUGGAUGAUGUUAAAGAAUCACUUCAGGAAGCGGUUAUGCUUCCCCUUAGAAGACCAGAACUAUUCAAAGGUGGUGGGCUUUUGAAGCCUUGUAAAGGUGUAUUGCUUUUCGGACCUCCUGGUACAGGGAAAACAAUGCUUGCAAAGGCAAUUGCAAAUGAAGCUGGAGCAAGUUUCAUCAAUGUCUCACCGUCCACCAUCACUGCAAUGUGGUUUGGAAAUGGUGAAAAAAAUGUCCGGGCUCUUUUUUCGCUAGCGGCAAAGGUUGCCCCAACCAUUAUUUUCAUUGAUGAAGUUGAUAGCUUGCUUGGGCAACGGUCUAAUGGUCAACGUGAGCACAACUCAAUGAGAAGACUUAAAAAUGAAUUCAUGUCCCGCUGGGAUGGACUAUUGUCGAACCCUGAUGAGAAAAUUCUUGUUCUUGCUGCUACCAACAUGCCAUUUGACCUUGAUGAAGCAAUUAUCAGACGGUUCCAGCGAAGGAUCAUGGUUGGUCUUCCGUCUGCAGAGAACAGGGAAUCGAUCUUGAAAACUCUUCUAGCUAAGGAAAAACAUGAAAAUAUAGACUUCAAAGAACUUUCAAUUAUGACAAAAGGAUAUAGUGGAAGUGAUCUUAAGAACUUGUGCAUGACUGCAGCUUAUCGCCCCGUCAUGGAGCUAAUACAACAGGAGAAGGCAAAAGAUGUGAAAAAGGAGGCAAAAGUUGAAAUCUCAGAAGAUACUUCCAAUGCUAUAGAAGACAAAGAAGAUCAAGUGAUUGUCCUCAGGCCUUUAAACAUGGAAGACAUGAGACAUGCAAAGAAUAAGGUGGCUGCAAGUUUUUCUGAAAAUGGAUCAAUGAUGAACAUGUUGAAGAAGUGGAAUGAUUUGUACGGUGAAGGAGGUUCAAAGCAGAAAGAGGAAACGCUAAGUUAUUUCAUUUAAGAUUGUGGAAAGCAAGUUUUCAUGAGUACACCUUAAUAUUCUUCCAAAGGAUAUAUAUAUAUAUCAUUCAUCAGAGAUAUUGAACUCAAAACAUGCUAGAUUGUUGCAAAAAUCAAAUGUGAAGUGAUUUAUCAUCAUGUGUUGGAGGAGUAUGUACGAAUCAUAUUCUCAAGACAUUAAAUUUUAUAAAUUGAUUUGUGUAGCAGCAAUGCUUAUAGAGUUUUGGUUUAAA